AUGGGUAAAAAGAAUCGAGAGCAUAAUUCUACAAUAUCAUCAACAUCUUCCACUCGUCAGCAAGAUGAAACAUUUGAAUAUUUAACGAAAACAUUCAAUCGUAAAGAUGGACCUAUACCAGCAAUGUGUGAUGUUACUCGACCACAUGUAGAUUCAUUCAACUGGAUGCUUAAAGAAGGUCUCGUGAAAGCAGCUAGUGCGAUCCUACCAUUAGAAUUCGAAACAAAUAGCAAACUACGCGUGAAAUUGAAAUUUGUGAGUUUGGAAAUCGCUCGGCCAAAAGCAAAAGUAGUUGCAGGCGCAAAUCGUCUCAGUCAUUAUGUUUAUCCUGCUGAAGCUCGUAUGGGUAAGAGUACAUACUCAGGAACUUUACAUGCUCGUAUCCAUGGCGAAGUAUUCGAUCAAAAUGGUAAACUGAUUGGACGUGAAUCAUACGAUCGAAGUCUUGGACCAAUACCUGUUAUGGUUCGAAGUGACGCGUGUAAUUUAGCCAAUAUGAACACGAAAGAACUAUGUUCAAAAUACGAAGAACCAAAUGAGAAUGGUGGAUAUUUUAUUGUGAAGGGUUAUGAACGUAUUGUACGUUUAUUGACAAUGACAAGACGAAAUUAUCCAAUAGCGAUGUCUCGUGGACGAUGGCGACAACGUGGUCCGGGAUUUACGGAUCGUGGUGUUCAAAUUCGGUGUUUAUCUGAUGAUCAACGCGGCGUGGAAAACACACUACAUUAUUUGGAUACUGGUGCUAUAUCACUUGCGUUUAUGUUCCGGAAAGAAAUGUAUUUCAUUCCUGUUAUAAUGAUACUCAAAAUGUUAGCUGAUGAUAACACAUCUGAUCGAGAAAUUCAUGCUAAUCUCAUGCGUGGUACUUAUAAAAAUAAUAGUGCAUUGGACAGUAAUAUCAAAUAUAUGCUUCGUCAAUUACAAAAAACUUACUGGAAUGAACAACCGUUGAUUACACGUCAGUUAAUCAUUGACUAUGUUGGUUCACAUUUUCGGACGCGUCUCCAACGACCAUCAUGGCAUACCAAUGCUGAUAUUGCGCGUUAUUUACUAGAUAAUUACAUAUUGAUUCAUCUGAAAAGUGAUAAAGCCAAAUUUCAAAUGCUAACAUUCAUGAUUCGGAAACUAUUUUCUUACGUGCGAGAUGAAUGUAAAGCUGAAGAUCAAGAUGCACCAUCUAUGCAUGAAAUUCUUUUGCCCGGUCAUGUCUAUUUAGCAUUGCUUUCUGAACGAUUAGAAACAUGGUUAAUAUCCUUGCGCGAAACUUUCUUGAAAUUGAAUAAAAGUACGAAGACAUCAAACGAUGCGUCUAUAACUACAAAACUUCGUCUAGCGAUGGAUACCAUGGAUAAAGAACAGAUAGCAAAAGCUUUUGAACACUUUCUAGCAACUGGAAAUCUGAACUCCAAAACCAAUCUAGGUCUAAGACAGACUAGUGGCUUCUCUAUCAUUGCCGAACGUUUGAAUAUUCUUCGAUUUAUAUCUCAUUUUCGUUCCGUACAUCGUGGUGAUGCAUUCACAGAAACCAAAACGACAUCAGUUCGGAAAUUGCUGCCUGAAGCAUGGGGUUUUCUCUGUGCUGUUCACACUCCUGAUGGUUCUCUGUGCGGUCUACUCAAUCAUCUAUGUAUGACAUGUCAAGUGACACAAGACACGCCGACGAAUACAUCCAUCGAUGCUCUAAUUGAUACAUUACUUUCGUAUGGUAUGCGACGUGCACCAUCGUUAGAUAUUGAUUGUUACGACGUCGUUCUUGAUGGACAAGUUGUGGGAUUUGUUGACGACAAUCAAGCGCCAUUAAUUGCUGCACAACUUCGAUUUGAUAAAGCUACGGGCCACCGUCGUCGUUCGGGUGUUGCCGAACAUUUGGAAAUUGUUUUAGUACCAAAGGAACCACAUGGAUUGUAUACACUUUAUCCAGGUCUCUUUAUUUUUACAACACCUGCUCGAAUGAUUCGACCAGUAAUGAAUUUGUUAACUAAAACUACCGAAUACGUUGGUACAUUCGAGCAAGUCUAUCUUGGUAUAUGUAUAACACACGAUGAAUUCGUACCUGGACAUACAACUCAUCAAGAAUUAACACAAUACAAUUUCUUGUCAAUCACAGCCAGUUUAACACCUUUUAGCGAAUACAAUCAAUCUCCUCGUAAUAUGUAUCAAUGUCAAAUGGGUAAACAAACAAUGGGUACACCGACAUUAGCAUAUCGAAAACGAAAUGACAAUAAAUUAUAUUAUAUUACCACACCACAAGCACCACUCAUUCGAACACGUGUUUAUAAUCAAUAUGCACUUGAUGAUUAUGCCAUGGGUACCAAUGCCAUCGUCGCUGUACUUUCCUAUACUGGAUAUGAUAUGGAAGAUGCUAUGGUUAUCAAUAAAAGUUCGAUUGAACGAGGUUUCGCUCAUGGUGCGAUAUAUGCAUCUGAAUUAAUCGAUUUACAAGAAUUGGUUACGGAUAGAACUGAUCAAGGAAAACAUCCGCUUGUCUUUUCUUUGGACACGAAAAAUCCUCUUUGGCGUCAUUUGGAUGCUGACGGUUUACCUGUCAUUGGCUCAACGAUUCAGCCUGAUGAGGUUCUUUGUUGUUAUUUGAAUACAUUGACUCAAGAAUACAAAACAGUGCGAUAUCAUAAGAAAGAACCAGCAUAUAUCAUGUCAGUAACACUCGUUGGCGACGAAGACGGAAAAUUACCAAAAUCCAAAGUAUGGAUUAUGUAUCGUAUUAUGCGUACGCCUAUUAUCGGUGAUAAAUUUUCGUCACGUCAUGGUCAAAAAGGUGUUUGUUCACGUUUGUACCCAACAGAAGAUUUACCGUUCACUGAAUCUGGUCUUGUACCUGAUAUUAUAUUCAAUCCUCAUGGUUUUCCAUCUCGUAUGACUAUUGGUAUGUUAUUAGAAUUCAUGGCCGGCAAAUCAGCUGUUUUGCAUGGUUUAUCACACGAUGGUACCCCAUUUCAAUUCAACGAUGACUAUCCGGCUGUUGAUUAUUAUGGCCGACUACUACGAGCCGCGGGAUUUAGCUAUUAUGGAACUGAAUCGAUGUAUAGUGGUACAACGGGUCUUCAACUUGAAGUCGAUAUCUUUGUGGGCGUUGUUUAUUACCAACGUCUUCGUCAUUUAGUUAGUGACAAAUUUCAGGUACGUACAACUGGACCUGUGGAUGCAUUAACUAAUCAACCAGUGAAAGGUCGUCGUCGUGAAGGUGGUAUCCGUGUUGGUGAAAUGGAACGUGACGCUCUCCUUGGGCACGGCGUUGCUGGUAUUCUUUUAGAUCGUCUUCUCCAUUGUUCAGAUGAAACACGUGCAUACGUAUGCACACGUUGUGGUUCAUUACUAUCAUUAGUCAAAACAAAAAUCGGUUAUGUCUGUCGAUAUUGUUGUGGUUCAUCAUCGAAUACGGUUCAACGUGUCACGAUACCAUAUGUACUACAGUAUCUUAUCGCUGAACUCGCUUCUGUUGGUAUUAAAACACAUUUUGAUACGCAAUCAGUUGUACGAAAUUUUGUUUUGUCUUCUCAAUGA